CCAGAAGUGCAGAGAGGCAAGCUGUGUGGGGAAUUGGAAUCAUCUAGAUGGAAGGCAAGCAGAAGGAGCCAGUGGCGAUCAUCAGCCUUCGGAAGCUGAGCCUGAGACCUCCAGAGCCACAGCAGAGAGAGAUGAAGCCAUUCACCGUGGAGGACGCUGUGGAAACCGUCGGGUUCGGACGCUUCCACAUCUUGCUGUUCCUGAUCAUGGGCAGCACUGGGGUUGUGGAAGCCAUGGAGAUCAUGCUGAUCGCGGUUGUGUCCCCUGUCAUCCGCUGUGAAUGGCAGCUGGAGAACUGGCAGGUGGCGUUUGUGACCACGAUGGUGUUUUUUGGCUACAUGAUGUCCAGUAUCCUCUUUGGCCUCCUGGCUGACAGAUAUGGUCGCUGGAAGAUUUUGCUAAUCUCGUUCCUGUGGGGAGCCUACUUCUCCUUGCUGACCUCUUUCUCUCCCUCGUACAUCUGGUUUGUCUUUCUGCGGACCAUGGUGGGUUGUGGAGUGUCUGGCCAUGCACAAGGAUUAAUCAUAAUGACUGAAUUUUUGCCAACAAAAUUUCGAGGCUACAUGCUACCCUUGUCUCAGGUUUUCUGGCUUGCUGGCUCCCUGCUCAUCAUCAGCCUGGCGUCUGUGGUCAUCCCCACCAUCGGGUGGCGUUGGCUCAUCCGCAUUGCCUCCAUCCCUGGCAUUGUCCUCGUCAUGGCCUUCAAGUUUAUUCCUGAAUCAGCUCGGUUCAACGUCUCCACUGGGAACACUGAGGCCGCCCUGUCCACCCUGGAGCGCAUCGCUAAGGUGAACCGUUCUGUCAUGCCACAGGGGCAGCUGGUGGAGCCCAUCCUGGAGAAAAGAGGAAGAUUUGCUGACCUAUUAAGUGGUACAUACCUACGCACCACAUUGCAGAUCUGGGUCAUAUGGCUGGGGAUCUCCUUUGCCUACUACGGGGUCAUCCUGGCCAGCGCCGAGUUGCUGGAGAGGGACCUGGUCUGUGGUUCAAAGUCAAAGUCAGAAUCCGAAGUGGUAGCGACUGUUGGGGACUCAGAGAGUCACAGCCCCUGCCACUGCCACCUGUUCGCCCCCUCCGACUACCGGACCAUGAUCAUCAGCACCGCUGGGGAAAUUGCCCUGAACCCUUUAAACAUCCUCGGCAUCAACUUCCUGGGAAGACGGCUGAGCCUGUCCAUCACCAUGGGAUGUACGGCUUUGUUCUUCCUUCUGCUCAACAUCUGCACCUCCAGUGCCGGCCUCAUCGGCUUCCUCUUCAUGCUGAGGGCCCUGGUGGCAGCAAACUUCAACACCAUCUACAUCUACACUGCUGAGGUCUACCCCACCACGAUGCGCGCUCUGGGCAUGGGAACCAGCGGCUCCCUGUGCCGCAUCGGGGCGAUGGUGGCUCCCUUCAUAUCCCAGGUGCUCAUGAGCGCCUCCGUCCUGGGAGCCCUGUGUCUCUUCUCAUCCGUGUGUGUGGUGUGUGCCAUCUCCGCGUUGACCCUCCCCGUCGAGACCAAAGGACGGGCCCUGCAGCAAAUAAAAUGAAGACCCACAACACUAUGGCUACCUAGAGGAGGACAUGCAUCUUAUCUUCCAG